AUGUCAGGCGCUGGUCGAGGCCGCAAGGCGAACUCUAGGGCCAAGAAACAGGAAAGCCUGCCACCGCGAACGGCCUUCGAUAUUCCAUAUUUCGCCCACCAGCAGCUGGACCCCGGCAGAUACCCUCAAGUUCUCACGUACCCCAUCGCCCAAUCGCCCGCCGUGAUCUUCAGAAAUGUCAAGAAUUGCGCGGUCGAGACCGUCGAAUGGGACGAAGAGGACGAUGCCCGAGAUGUCUAUGAUCCAAACUCUGAAGACUCAUCCAAGGCCCAUUCUUUCGAAAACACCAAGAACAGCACUGCGUCCAGCAGUCAGGGUAAUGAGCUCUCUUCUAGGGGACCCCGCGUCAAAGGUGGCCGGCCCGCCAUUUCCAAGCCGGUCACGCCUGAUCUAGACACCGAAGAUCAGAUCAUUGUACGAAUGAAACAGGCAAAAUACCUCGAAAGAGACAUCGCCAAAUAUUUGGCUGAUCAAGGUCUCAUCAAGUACAACAUCAAGACCAUUGGUACACGUUGGGCUCGUAUCAAGAAGAAACUGGCAGAACACCAAGAUGAGCUCCUGGACGCUGAUCUCACUGACUGGCACGAUGGAGAUGACGAUGUUCUUCGCGAAGCCAUCGCCAAAGCUGACAAAGAAAUCGAGGCCGAGGUCGAGAAGGUUCGGGCGAAAAAGUGGCAAAAGGUCGCUGAAUACUCGAAAGCAAUGAAGCCAGUCAUGAACUUCAGUCAGAACGCUUGUCGAAAGCGAUAUGACGCGCUGCUUGAUGGCUCGGCUAAGCCAGCGCCGGAGUCGAUUGUCAACCCAGAUGAAGACACCAUGGCUCGUAUCCAGUCUCGCAAGGAGAAAGAGAACAAGAUCGAGGAAGACCGCUUGGCCAAGCCAGGCUCGAAGGCGGCGAUCCGUAAGAAGAAUGUUCCUCAGGAUACUUGA